UUCUGCACCAUCAUGAUGAAACUGAUCGUUUUCGUUCUCUUAGCUGUGUUGAUUCCUGCAAAAUAUGCAAGUGGUCAGCAGUCCUGUGGUUAUCCAUGUAUUCCAGAGCGUCAGAUUAACCAGAAGAUCCAGGAAGCAGUUGAUUCCAAAGUGUCCUCUGUCCUAUUGAAGAGCCAGCUGGUUUGCACAAAUGCAUUUGCACGUGCUGCCGAUGCCCACUGCCCUUCAGGUCACAAGGCCACCGGAUGUGCCUGUGGAAUGGCUUGUGGUUCCUGGGAUAUCCGCGGUGAUACUGCCUGCCACUGCCAGUGUGUCAACAUUGACUGGACUUCUGCCCGCUGCUGCAAAGUGGCCAUUGUCGGCUGAUGGCUCCUUGGCUGCCUGUUGGCUGCAGCUUCUAUGCUCAAUAAAUCUGCAUCUAUAAUUUUC